UCGAAUUCGUUCAUCGAAGGAGUGUCUCACAAGAUUCGGCGUCAGAUCGAGGAGUUGGAGAGGGUUUCAGGCGUCGUCAGUAGUUCAUUGACGGUUGAUGGUGUUCCUGUUGAUUCAUAUCUGACUAGAUUUGUGUGGGAUGAGGCAAGGUACCCAACUAUGUCGCCUUUGAAGGAGAUUGUUGAUGGAAUUCAUGUUCAAGUUGCCAAGAUUGAAGAUGAACUUAAAGUUUGUGCAAGGGCAAUCAACUCCUUCAAUUGCAACACAGAGCUCCAACUUGGCUGUCUGUGAUCUGUCCAAUUUAGUGAAGCCUCAGGAUAUCAUCAUAACAGAGCAUUUGACAACCCUCCUUGCUAUUGUCCCUAAAUACUCACAGAAAGAUUGGUUGUCAAGCUACAAGACACUAACUGCUUAUGUGGUCCCCAGAUCUUCCACGAAGCUACAUGAGGACAAUGAAUAUGCUCUUUAUACUGUAACACUGUUCAGUCGUGAUGCUGACAACUUUAGAACCAAGGCACGCGACAGAGGUUUUCAAAUUCGUGACUUUGAAUAUAAUUCAGAAACACAAGAGAGUUGGAAGCAGGAGCUAGAAAAAUUAAUGCAAGAUCAGGAAACACUAAGAAACUCUCUUUGCAAUGGUGCUAUGCAGCUACGGGGAGGAAAAUGCGGAAACCUUUGCCCAUUUUUCACCGCACUCAGGCAUUGAUGCGGCGCCCCUUGCUCACUUUUCGAAACACCCGGAGGCAGGCGCGACGCGUCACUUAAGAGGAACAACCUAGCAUUUAAUCAAUUCAAAGUAGGGAUUCAUUUUCAUAAGGGAUCUGAGCGACUUUUUUUACGUGUUGGCUGUUGGCUACCUAACACACAACUCUCCUCAUUUACCCGGGCUUGGGACCGGCGGGGUUGUUAAACAACCCUGGCGGAGUUAUUGUGAUAAUUGAAAUGCAAGUUGAAAAAGAAAAUGUGCCAUGGUGGAGAGGAUACUGAAGUUAUCUUUUUCGACCAUGUGUCCAACAUAAAUUCAUGUUGAUUGACCUCCCGAUGUAUACUCUAUCAUUGCCUUUGGAGGUUUUAUGAAAAAAUGAAAAUAAUUUCGGCAUAAGCUGACAAGCAAUGCUGAAAGGAUGCCAAAACAUUAAUGUUUUGUCGGCCUUCAUCUGAAAUAAAUUUGGAACUCAACAAUUUUAUUACUUUUUUAAGUAAAACAAAUUUAUCAAUUUACAGUUAAAUUCAUGUUCAGUACACGGGGCUCUUUUUCUGUACUUAUUUUCUGAGAUAAAAAUUUAAUUUUGUAGUGUUACAUUAUAAAUUAAUGUUAAUAUGUUUUUUCAGACCUUAAUAGUUUAUUUCAAAAUCUGAAUUCUUAUUGUCAAUUUAUGGAAACUAAAAUGAUCCUUAUUGUUAGUUAGAGGGAUAUAAGAGAGUUGAUGGAAUUUUUUUGUUUUGUUUCGAUAUUCAUGACUCAAGAAUAACACUCAUACAGUGACAUGGAAUUGUAGUUCACUGUUAUAUCAUACUGGCCACAGAACCCAUGUUAAAUAUUCUUGUGCUUGUACUACCUAUACGAUUACGUUCAAUGUGUGAUGUGUUUGAGAAUCUAUACUCUUCUAUACAUCCUUGUGUAUGUUUGUAAAGUAUUUGAGCAUUUCUCAGCCUUAUUGUAUUUUUUAUUUUUAUGGCAUAAUGGUAUUGUGAUUGAUAUUGAAGUUGUUGAUUUUACUACCACAUUCUACUUGAAGUUUUAUUUUUUUUUUUUAUGGCUUAAUGGUAUAUUUUUAUUUUUUUAUGUCUCUUUUGAGUAGAAUCUAUUUUUUCUUGUGUCGAAUAACUAAGAUCUACCCCUGAAAUGGGACUUAGAACCAUGGUUACACCUGCCUGAUAGAAACCUCUUGGUCUUGGUGAUAAUGAAUGACUGAAAAAAUUUCUAACUCAAAAUCCACUUCGGAGAUCAUACUUGUUGGCUCAUCCAGAUGUUUGGGUCUAAGAAAUCUUUAGGCACUUUGUUUUCCUUUUAAGGCUAUGUUUGGUUCAUGGAUUUUGGUGAGGGAUUUAGAAAGGGAAAGAUAAAAUGUGUGUGAAACGUAGGUGAAAUGUAGUUAUAUUUGAUUCACAUUUUAUCUAUCUUUUCCAAAUCCUUACCCAAAUCCAUAAAUCAAACAUAGCCUAAGGAAAAGGGAUGGUGGUGAAUGAUUUUCCAGGAAACCUCAAUUGGGGUAUCAAGAGUGAGUUGAUGAAACUCAAAAAGUACGGGCAUGUGUUAAUUAGAGUUUGACUUGAUUGUUUAGCUGUGGCCUGUGUAGACUUUCAGCAUUUUCAGAAAAUGAUUUUGUUGCAUCAUUCCCGGCCACAUCUUUGUAAACCAUUUUAUUGCAUCAAUCUUGAGCAUUUUAUGCCUCAGGAAGAAUAGAUGCAAUAGAAACGGAAAUGCCAGAUCGCUUGACAAGUGUAGAAGCUAGAUAUUAUGAGUGUCCUUACUUCUUCUUUUUUAAUUGUGAAGCCCCUUCCAUGAUCUGUACUUGAAAUGACAACUCCAAUGAGGAGUCUUGGAGCUUCUUGAUUGUUUAGGAAUUAUUGUUGGCUUUUCCCAUUAUUCAUAACCUUUUCCUGUGUACAUCAAUUCAAAUUAAAAUCCAUCUAUAAAUCAGAAGUGUAGCUGCCCACAAUCCUAAUUGAAGUUCCAUCAUGUUGGUUUGUUAAUUAGUUUUAUCUUCAUUUGGUCUAUGUCAAGUUCAAUUGAACUGUGUUGAUAUGUGUCUUACUGACCUAAAUAAUAAUUGAUGAUUUCAUUCUACUUCAACAGAGUAGCUCUUUUUAUUCUACCUGGUGUGAUGUCGAACACUUAGGAGAUACAUGCACUGAAUUUGUAGAUUCUAUGAUUUUCAUUUCAUAGUGGUUAUUCAUUAUUGUAAAGCUAACCUCUAGAUUGAUCUAGUACUGCUAGAAUAGACUGAAACCUGAUACCAGUCUAUAUAAUUGUUGUGCCUACCCUUACUUUGCUGUAGUUAUUAUCAGUCUACAUUACUAUUGUAAUGGUGGGGUUUGUGUGCAUGAACCUGCACAUGCAGCUUACAGAAAUAUUUAAAAUUAAGUUAGGUUUUGCUAUAUGAUAUAUAUUGGAAAACUAAAUUUUAAUUGAAGUGGUCACACAUGGUAAAUUUUAAUUAAUUUAUUUUUUUAAGGAUCGGCUACUCAUAAUAUUAAAAUGAGGACAACGAAGUGGAAGAGUGUUAUUUAUGUAACUACUUUACUUAUUAAAUUGGAGGGGAAGUUCUGUCAAUGUGUUUUUGAUAACAAUUAGGGGAAGUACUAUUAUGCAUCCUGAAAAAU